AUGGUGCUCAUGCAAGUAGUGUUGUUACUGGUAGUGACGGUCGUGUCUGGUGCAGGCUGUAGCUUUCUUUUGGCUACAUGGAAGCGUGUAGAAGCUCCCAAUUAUGUAAGCCGUCGUAUUGUUACGUCGAUAGGAAUCGCUGGACUUUGUACUACCCUUGCUUUCUCAAUGUCACUAAUUGUCAAUGGUCGUGGACAGAAUUAUCGACAUCAUGAAGGUUUGUGCUAUACACAGGCACUAACAUUACAGUACUUUUACUUGGCGUCGUAUCUCUGGACAUCAUGCUUCGCGUUUCAUGUUUACCAGAUCAUUGUCAAGCGGAAUGAGUAUCCAGAGGAGUUUCUGUGGGUGUAUCGUGGCAUUGGGUGGGGCCUACCUGGUUUAGUGCUGAUUUAUCUGAUACUUCGUCAAUUGACUGGACAUAUUGGAGUUGGUGGAGCCGAUCGUCUAUGGUGCUGGAUCGCAGUCCAUACGACGGACGAAGAAACAGGAGAAAACGCGCUUGUCCUGGCAACGUGA